GAGCCGAUCCCGCUGGGCCUGGAGGAGCGGCGCGCCUACCUGAAGGCCCAGCGAGACAAGCUCAUCUCGAUGAAGAAGGCCGAGCGGGAGAAGCGGCUGGAGUCGGCCGUCAAGAAGCAUUCCAAUCGACCCAAAACGGCGAAAGCGGCAAAGUCGUCUUUCGGCGGAGGAAUGGGGAAACAGGAGGCCGAGGAGGAGGAUGCGACCCUCAGGGUCAGACGGGAGCUCGCGAAGAAGCUGAGGGAGGAACUCAAUUUAUAACCGGAAGCUUGAAAUUUGCACGAAUCUCGUUUUUCGUAAUGCUUUUUGCUGUACAUAGUCUGCAGGAAGUGGGUCGAUGGGAACGGGUUGAGGAAUUUCCUUUGGUCGAUUUUCGAGGCGAGAUAGAGGUGAUCACUCGAUUCCGUCCGUGUGUGUCGUGUUGGCUUUGAAUAAAAGAAGCUGCAUCGCCUCCGCAUCA